CCUCAACUUUGGUUCCUGAUUUAGGUUUUAAGCAGGGCUUUUCCUCUUUUCUCUUUCAGAUUCAAAAAAAUGUAGAAAAUAUUAGCAUCUUUGCCUCAAUCCCUCCAAGUCGUUGUUCCCAAAAUUGAUUCUGUUGUCUACCCAUUCCUUGUCAUUUUCCCCAGAAAAUGUAGGAAAAUGAAAGAAUUUUUUUUUCAAUCUUAUAUUUUGCAUGGAACGUUAGAUGGGUUUAUCAUUUGCUGGAAGCUUCAAAUAAUUUUCCCUCCACUUUCUUGAGCACAAUUAGGGUUUCAGUGUUCCCAGAUUAUAUUUUUAAAAGAUUGAAAGAGGUAAAUUUUGUUACAUUGAUUGAUUUGCUCAUUUGAUGCUAUUGCUGAAGCCAUCAGUUUCCUUAGGUCAUGUUGAAUGUCUAUUGCCUGAUUCUGUGUUUAUGGGAACUGGGUUUUGUUAAGUUAGCAUUUCAGGAAGUGUAGAUCAUAUAAUUGGGAUGUAUUGCCGCUGGGAAGUGAUAAAAGGAUAGAAAUGAACAACAUGAUUGAACCAUAUAAUUCUUUUGAAUCACUGAUAAAAAAAAAUAUAUAUAUAUAAUUCUUUUGAAUCCACAGAACCUUGUACAAAAUAGUAAAGUAUGCCUUUUCAAGCAACUUAGAGAUGAGAAUUCCAUGCCUAAUCGGGUGUAUACAUACUGUGAUUAGAAUGUUGCUCGUCUCUCCCUUAAUUAUUCCAUCUAUUUUUAUGAAAAUUCUAAUGUUCUUGUGCAUGGCUCAAUGACGAUGUCAAUACAUAUUCUCGUUAGAAUUUGUCAAUGGUUUGUUGACGGGUAUGUUGGGGGCAACAUGGAGUGACUCAUCAUGACUCAAAUCAACAUGGAGUGACUCACCAUGACUCAAAUCCAGUUGUUGAUGUUUGAUUCUUAAGGUUUCUUACUUUAUUCCUUUUUCACUUUUAUCUACUUUUCUAGAGGCCUAUCCCAAAUGGGGAAUUUGCCUUUAGUUAAUGAACUAUGCACAUUGGGUUACUUGGUUCUUGUAGAAUCAUAAGAUUCCUUUUGCAACCCUCUUUCCAUAUUGUGCUUUAAAAGAAAGCAAAGAAUUUAUGGCUAAGAAAUCCUGAAGGCCAUUUUUCUGGUCACAUUGCAUUUGUCAACUUCUGUAUGCUAUGCUAACAUUUGGUUGUAGGGAACAUCAGUAUCAUUUUUCAUCUGCGUGUUUUCCCACCUAGAGCAUGCGGCAUGCCAUGCCUUUCUCUAUAACAUGAGGAACUUUGUGCAUGUAACUUCAGGAAUUAGAUUUCAGCCUGCAAUGUACUCUAAUUUUGUAUAUUACCUCUAAUAAAUUCUCAAUGGCUUGGUUUAUUGAAUUGUAUUUGUAAUUUAUUUGGUUAUAUAUGCAAGAGCUACCUCAUACACAAGCACAUGCUUGUGCAUGUACACUGAUGUGUACCCGAUCACUGAUGCAUAUUAAAUUCCUAAAGCUCCCCAGUUAGUCUUGUAUAUCACCUGCAUUUGCAAUCAGGGAAAAUGGUGACUACCAAAUUGAUUGUGUACCAACUCCUCUACCAAUUCCUGCAAUGAAGAUAGGGUUGAUCAUGAAGAGGAGAGCAUCACUGAAGUAGACAAAGACAUUGAUAGAAGCACUUGUGGAGCUCCAGAUGGAAAGCCUGUCUAGCAUUUUCCAGAAAAAGAUUUAAGGAACUGAAGUGACAUUGUGUUAGUGUGCAGAGUCUGCUUUAGAAUCAGUCAUUCCCAAACAUAUUUUGUUGGAAAUGCUCCUCUUGCCCAUAUGGUUAUACAGCCGGCAGAGAAUGUGCCUGGCCUUCCAUUUCUGAAGGUAUUCUUUCUUUGGGAAAUCACCUAUGAUUUCAUUAUACAGUGGUUUGAGCUGAUAUUUGUAUUAGUUGUAUGACUGGUUUUGAUGGCCCUUUGCAUAAUUGUAAACUUCUUGUCAUGAGCUUGUCCCCCCAAAACCACACCCCACCCAAAAAAAAAAAAAAAAAAAAACUAAGAUAAUUCAACCCUUAAGAAACUUGCACAAUUUUAAAAAUAUAUGCAUAAAUGGUACAUAGGUUAUAUAAAAAUAAUGAGAUAUGAUGAAAAACAAAUAGCUCUUUCCAAAUAUAAUAUAAUCAUUAGUUUGCAAUAAUUGUUGUAGUUCUACAUCAUAAUUUUUUUUUUUUGAUGGGAAAAUAGGAAUGCAUAUUAAUAGACACCUAAAAGGAGGUGCACCAAUUGUUCUACAUCAUAAUUUGCAAAUAAAUCCAACAGGUUUAAUUAAGGCUAUCAACAAACCUAAAGCAUUGAAAUCUAAGAUCAAAUACGAUUUUAAAGGUUGAAACUUCAAAAUGCCACUAUUAAAUCAUAAAAUAGGAAAUUAAAAAUAUAUGUACACUACAUUUUUAUCCAAAAGUAAUUUUGAAUGCAGAGAAUUUAGUAUUAUCUGUCAGUGACAUGAUCAUUGUUCACUCGAGCUCAAAUGGAGAUUCAAAAAAUAAAUAAAAAUACCAUUUUGCUCCUACCUUCUCAAUGUCUUUACACUGAACAAACAAGGCCAUUUUGGUAACUUCAAAACCAUUUUUGGAAAAGAUUCGGAUUUAAGAGAGCGACAGAGUUGGCAUGGAUGGUGUGACUCAACAGUAUAUGUACAUAUACAUGUAUAUAUAUAUAGGGAGAGAGAGAGAGAGAGAGACGGAGUUUUAGAGAGAAAGACAGGAUUUGGUGAGAAUGGCCGGAGAGAGCCGUAUGAACAUGGCGAUAACUGGCUCGGUGGGUGGCGGUGGACAUGUGUCACUCCUGGUGGCAUCGGUGGCAGAUCUACUAGAGAUGCACAUUCAGUCUGGGCAACUGCUGGAUUCUGCUGAGUUCUCCAAUCUCUGUCUCUCCUUGGCCAGAGGUAUUGAUUAUGCAGUUGCAAACAAUGAGAUCCCAGUAAGAGCUCGAGAUUUACCUCUACUGUUAAAACAGGUACUUAGAUGUAUGAAUGAUUCCUCUCUUCUAGCCGUUUUUGUGGUGCUUAUGAUCUCUGUCAAGAUAGGGAAAAACUUCUCUACUAUGGAGGAUAUUAAUGUUCAACCAAGUUAUCUUCUCAAUGUUUGGAAAAUCAUGUUAAGAUACUAUCCACGAUUCAGGAUGGGUCAUAUGCUUGCUUCUCUUGAUGUGAAGCCUGGAUAUGGGGCUUUUGUGGUGGACUUCCAUAUCACAAAGAGUAUGCUGUCUCCUGCACAAAAGCGCAUAUGCCUGUUUGUUGCUCAAACAGAUAAUAUGGACACAUCCUCUUGUAUUGUGUUACCACCUCAAGCCAACUUUAUGUUAAAUGGACAGGGAGUACGGGGGAGGAUCAACGGUUCAAUGGACAAUGGACCGCAGCUACCAACGAAUGUGACUGCAAUGCUCAAAUACGGAAAAAACCUUUUGCAAGUUGUUGGGCAGUUCAAUGGUAAUUAUGUAAUCGUGAUAGCUUUUAUGAGCAUGAUAUCAACUUCCAACACUCCAGAGUUACAAGAUUAUAUUCAGCCUGUUGCUGUUACUCCUGACUCUGACUUAGAGGUUAUUGAAGGACAAGCACGGAUCUCUCUAAAUUGCCCUAUAAGCUUCAAACGUAUCAAAAUUCCAGUGAAGGGACAUCUCUGCAAGCACCAUCAGUGCUUUGACUAUGGCAACUUCAUGGAAAUAAACUCAAGAAGGCCUUCCUGGCGUUGCCCUCAUUGUAACCAGCCUGUCUGCAACCCAGACAUACGAAUUGAUCAGAAAAUGGUUAAGGUAUUGAAAGAGGUGGAGGAGAAUGUUGUUGAUGUGAUUAUCUCACCAGAUGGAUCCUGGAAGCCUGUUGUGGAAAGCAUUGACCAUGAAACACAAAGCAAUCAGCAAGAACAUUCUGAGCAGUGCGAGUCUGUUGGGUUCUCUAAUAUCCCAGCCCAAGUUGUGGAUCUUACCAUGGGAGAGGAUGACGAGGACGAAUGCCUAAGUAGCUUGGGAACUGAAGAUGUGAAACCUCUCUCAUAUAAUCUUCAAGGAUCGUCUGCUGCAGAAAAUUUUUUGCCACCGGGAGUCAAUUAUAUGGUUGAGGCAGAUCAAAGUGGAUCUUCCCAAACCGAGGACCAUGUGUGGUCAGCAGAGCAGUUUCCCCCUUCUGUCUCAAAUGGCUUUGUGCUGCCUACUAUGAGUUCUAAUGGCCAGAGGAAUUUUGGUGUUUCCAGAACCCCUUCCAGUUUCAUGUCUUCACAUGUUUUAACUGAUGCCAUUUCCCCUUCUCUUUGGGAAACUUUGGGUGUUCAUAGGGAAACACAAAUGCCAAUCUCCUCCCUGCAAAACCAAUAUUUCCGGGCUGGUAACACGGAGAUACAGCAGACUAGAUUUGGAAGUUUGAGUACGAGCAAUGAAUAUAGAAUGGUUUGCCUUCCAAACCUGGGAGCAACUCAAGUCAUCAAGUCAAGAAACAUUGUCCAUCCCUCCAUUCGUAUCCAACCUGGGCAAGUUCAGCAGAGACGUAGCAGCGUUCAAGUCACAGGUGCUGCUGGUCAGGAGAGAGCCCAGAUGUCAAGCAUGCCACCAUCAGUGCCAGUUCAACUCCAACCAGCUAGAACAGGCACAAGAUUUUCCUAUGCCAUGGUUGCUGAGCAGCUUAGAACAGCAGCAGAGGAGGAGAGGCGGAACAUGAUGGGGAGAACCGGCAUGGCUGUUGAGCAGCUGGGGACAGCAUGGUCAUCACCUGGGGCUGAUGCCCUAGCUGAGAACUGGCAGCCCCCUGGGACGAUGAGAGGAAGCCUCACAGGCGAGGCAGACUCCGCUGCAAUUAGCCAGUUCAUGCUUCAACCGCCAACCAGUCUGACAGCAACUCUUGAGAGCGGACUGCCAGCAUUCUGGCCUUUUCCCAGUAGUAGCACUGAUCAUAAUGCUAUGUACUCACAAACAGAAACUCAGGGGAGGCUGAGAAGCAACUGGGCUGGAACCGGAAGCUCAGGUGGUUUACCAGAAUGGACUCCAUGGAUACCCUAAUUGACUGGAUAUCCUGGUAUGGAUGAGUGGCGGUUUUUGGUUUUGGCAGCAGGUUUGGUGGACAUUAUACAUGACAAGUUUUGUAUCACAUCCCAAAUGUGUGGUGGUUGUGUUGUGGGAAAUGUUAAGAGACCACCCCUCUAGUCUUGUGUGCUUGCAAUGUACAUAAAAUUUUGGAUACAUCUCUUCAUCAUAAACCCGAUUCAAAUUUAUACAAACCUAAUUUUGAAUUUACAAUUUUAAA